AUGUCCGUCCGUGGUGCUGCUGCUGGUCCUGCUGCUGCUGCUGGUCCUGCCAAUGAGCCGUCCUCCAGCGCUGACAACAUCCGUGUUGUUGUCCGCAUCCGGCCGUAUCUGACGUCCGAGGCCGGCGAGGAGACUCAGUGGCUGUUUGAGUCGGACAUGUGCAUUGCUGAGGCACAUGGGCGGCGGUAUGGGUUUGAGCGUGUCUUUACUCCGUCCGACUCAACCAAGACGGUGUACGAGGCUGUGGCGCGGCCGAUCGUGAGCUCUGUCCUCCGCGGCUUCAAUGGAACGCUCUUUGCCUACGGCCAGACUGCGUCGGGCAAGACGUACACCAUGAUGGGCGAGAGCCAAAAUCCAGGCAUCCUUCCACGGGCGGUCCAGGAGGUUUUCGCCGCCAUUGCCGCCUCGCGCGACACCCUCUUUCUUCUCCGCGUCUCCUACCUCGAGAUCUACAACGAGGAGGUCAACGACCUGCUGCGCCUCGAUGGACGCGACCUGGCCAUCCGCGAGGUCGACUCGGCCUUUGUCGUGCCCGAAGCCUCCGAGAUCAUUGUCAAGUCGGGCGAAGACGUAAUGGAGCUUGUCCGCCAGGGCGAGGCCAACCGGGCGGUCGGCAAGUCAAACCUCAACGAGCACUCCUCACGCUCGCACACCAUCUUCCGCAUGAUCAUCGAGUCGACUGCUGCCGGCGGCGACGCGACGCCCAAGACCGAGCCGCCACGCGGAGCGCGGGCUACCCCCUCGCGGCUUGGCCGGUCAUCGUCGUCGGCGAGCAUGCUGCAAGGAGACGCUGUCAACAUCUCCGAGCUCAACCUGGUCGAUCUCGCGGGCUCGGAGACUCUGACUGAGCGCUUCGGCUCGCGCCAACAGCGCGAGACCAAGUCAAUCAACCUCUCGCUCACCCAGCUCAAGUCGGUCAUCCAGGCACUUUCCAAGGGCGAAGCCUUUGUGCCGUACCGCAACUCGUCGCUAACCAAGAUUCUGCGGACCUCACUCGGCGGCAAUGCCCGGACGGCGGUCAUCUGCACCGGCUCGCCGGCGUCGGCCCACCACAAGCAGACCAAGAUGACGCUUCUGUUUGGCACAAUGGCCAAGCGCAUUGUCAACUCGGCGCGGAUCAACCUCACCUACGACGACGACAAGGCCAUGAUCAAGCAGUACCGCGCACAAAUUGCCGCGCUCUCCAAGAAGCUUGCCGCCUUUGACUCGGUCCAGGCCCAAAAGGCGCGCCUCCAGGAGGCCUACCGUAAGCUUGAGCGCGAGGUGAUGCAGCUCCGCGACGGCGAGCGCGAACGGCAGUCGCUCACCGACCAGCUCGGCGAGAUGAACUUGGUCUCGUCGUCGACGCUAGCGCACGCUGCUCCCGGCGGCGACCCGUCGGACAUUUCCGACGCCCAGCUGCAAUCGCUCAUGGACCAGCUGACCGGCCUACAGGAGGCCAACUCCAAGCUGGCGGCCUCGCUUGCCGAAGUUAAGGCGACCAACGAGGUCAACACCCGCGCGCUCACCGCUGCUCAGGCCAAGCUCAAGUCGCUGCUCGGCUCGGGUAUGGACCACGACGCGCUCUUGCUCUGGCUCGGCGAGCUCAUCGAGUCGUACGAGCACCAGAUCGCCGAGCUCCGUAACUCGAACCAGGAACUGCUCUCGCUCAAGGUGGCCCACGAGAUGGAGGCGCAGGACCAGCUUGCGCUUGCCAAGCGCCAGCUCAAGCGCGCCCGCGCCGAGACCGCCGCCGCCGUCGAAGCCCGCUUUGCUGCCGAGCAGGCCCUCGUCACCGAGCGGACCUACUUUCACGCCAAGCUUGCCGAGCUUGGCAUCGCGCUGCCGCCCAUACCCUCAGCCUCGGCAGCUUCGGCCUCGUCCAAGUCAGGCGGUCGGCGGCCGCGCCACGACUCGGGCGCGUCGUCAUCAUCGUCGAUCAAUGCGUGA